AUGGCGGCAGAGCCCGGGCGCUCGUGGACUCAGGCUCGCACUGUGUAUGGCGCUAAAGAGGCGCUGAGGAGAGGCGUGGGCCGCCGGCAAGACCUCAGCACGCAACCCAACGGGCCGGUCCCCGAAGAUAUCCGCGCCCCGGGCCGCCUGGCUCGCCUGCGUGGCCAGCUGCGGGCCGAGGCGACGGGGCGAGCCGAGGCGCCGCGGCUGCUGCGGUUGGUGGAACGCGCGAGCGCGCGAGCCGGGGCGUCGGGGACCAGCGAGAGGAGCGAGGCGCGCAGCGGAGGCUCGGUGUGCUCGGUGUGCGGGGAGCCGCGCGGCGGUGCCACCUAUCCCGCUGGCGUCCUGGAGGUGAGCGAGCGGCGGCUGCAGGAGGGGCUGGCGGCCGUGCGUGCGGAGCUGGGCGCGGGGCUCGAGGCGCUGCGCGCGGAGCUGCGGACCGAGCUAGACGCUCUGCGAGCCCUGCUGCCACCGCCGCCGCCGCCGCCGCCCGCUCGCCGCGAGCCCCGCGGUCCCGCCCUGCUGCGGGCGCUCGGCACCGUGAACGCGUUGGUUUCGGCCUCGAGGGCCACGGAGAACGGUCCGGACGCCCCAGCCGACGGCCUGGCAAACCGAGUCGUGGCCCGGAAGAACCACAAGAAAACCCCAGUGCCUCCAACGGCUGCCCAAGGCGGAGGAGAUUGA